AUACAUUUGGAUUCGAUAAGCAAGUCACCAUGCACGGCAGACAAUGAACAUACUGCGAGGUCUUGUGUAGUUCGUGCUCCAUCCCCUUCAAAAGCAGCAGACCUUGCCCUGAACUGUUGGUUCGUAGCACGGUCCAGCAGGCUGUUUUCUCUAUGACGUAGUACCGCGACUCUCCGUAGCUGGGUAAUAGUAGCUUCCAGACUACGACAAGCGUUCAUAUACUGUCAAGUUUCUCUCCAUACUGUCUUGAAGCCAACCGUCGCAGCUCUUCAAUCUCAGUCACGACAUAGCUCAUACAUACUCUCCACUGACAUCUCCGGUCGUAUAACAAACCGCAAUCAUGUCCAUCGACACAUUCGCCGCCCUGCGUCGUCAUCCCAAUCACUCCCUGGCCGACACAGCCACAAAGCACCUCGAGAACGACCUCAGCCAGCAAGACCGCGAUGUGUUGACCAAUGCUGCUAAAAAGGUAUCCACACACGCGACAGUUGGCUCGGUGGUUGGUCUAGGCCUGGGCCUCUUUGCUGCGAUUCGUUUGCGCCAGAACAGGUUGGCUUUGUUCAAGUCAUUCAGAGCAGCCGAGAAGCCUGUUCAGAUUGUCUUUGAGGGUGGUCGGACAGAACCAGUACCUGAUCUUACGCCACUAUUGAAACCUACACCUCUCGGAGACAUUGCAACGUACUUGUUCUUCUCAGCUGGAGGAAUUUUCGUGGGCGGGGAGACGGGAUUCUUAACGGGCUCCUAUGCAGGGUCGAAAACGAUAACAAAGGAUCCAGAGACUAGACAGCGGGUUGAGGAGGCAUUCAGGAGAUUCAGGGUGGACCUGGUGAAGCAACAGCUGGACGAACUGGAGAAGGGCAGUAAGACUGGCUUAGCUGGGCUGGGAGCAGGAGAUGUAACUGAAAAAACAGGAAUGGGCGGAUUGUGGUGAAUAGUUCGCAUUGUAUUGUUGACUUGGUACAGGCACAAUGGCGCGCGGGAAAAGAGCAAUGCUUUAAUGAUUCAUAAGUGAUGAACAUACAUAAUUCAUGUUUAUACACAACUCAAAGAGAUUUCACCUUA